UGGCUUUGACAGAUAUCUUGUAUUAUUGUUAUCAUAUAAAUCAAUAUAAGUCAGUUGUUCGUAUUUCUGUUUAUAAAUUGGCUUCGGAUUGAUAUCUACAAUUUACGUGAUCCUAGUUUAACAUGUGCAAACAUACAGCAAUAAUCAACUUACUACAAAUACUAAGGCAUAAUAAUUUGAUUUAGGACUAUUUAUAAUUGAUGCCAGUCUCACCGUGGGUUUCUUACUGAAAAAAUAUUAUUAUACAAUAAAAAUAUUUGAAGCUAUUUAAAACGGAAAACUGAUGUCUGUUUCAAAAUAAAACGAAACAUGGAAUGCCAAACUAUUGAAACAAACUACGGCGAGUGUCGUUGUUGUAUGACAAAAGGCAACCAUCGCGAUAUCGCAAAAGAAUAUUAUUAUAAUGGCAUUCGUGAAGUCUUCCAAGAUUUAUUUGAAGAAUGUUUCAAUUUACAUAUGGUUACUAACUCUCAUCUAAGCACAUUGAUCUGCUCAACAUGUGUGUCGCGGCUCCGCGAUGCAAGCAACUUCAAGAUGAUGGUGGUGAGUACUGAGAAGCAGCUGAUGGAAACAAUUUCAAAGAAUGAAGACAAGCAUACUGUUAUUGUCAAUGCCAAAAAUACAACAGAGUUGGUGGAGCUUGAACCUUUGGUGAAGGUUGAGACAGUAAAGGCAGAGACAUCGGAUUCUGAAUAUGAAAUCAGUUAUGAGUCUGAUGCUAUUGUAUGUGAUCCAUCGAGUAAAUAUAGAAGUGUGUGUGUAGUUGAAAGGGAAAAAGAAUUCUUAUCAAGGUUCUCUCAUGGUAAGCUCAAACCACUACCUACAAGGAAGGAGCUGCACAAGAUCUGCCCAAAUUAUGUGAAACAGCUGUCAUUGUUACAAGGUAUGGUUGUCACACCAUCAGCUAUAAAAAAUUUACUUUCAAAAAACUCAAGAAUAUGCCUAAAUGGAGAAAAAACAUACAUAACACAAAAAUUGGGAUUAGUUAUCAACACAAAUACAAUAUUGGAAUUUUCCAAUGUUAUACCAUUUAAAAGUCGAGCGUGUGCCGGGUUUUCUUGUUUUUACUGUCCUUCUAUGUUCGAAAAUCUAAGCAUGCUACGGAAACAUAGCUUGGAACAUAAUAAGACUGAAAUUACAAAGAUAUUGAAGACAUAUAUCCCUGACCGCCUUGUUGUAAAUGUGGACGUCACAGAUUUAAAAUGCUCUAUAUGUGAUGAGCCAGUAUCAAACUUAAACACAUUGAAAGUGCACCUGGUAGGAGUACAUAACAAAACAUUGUACCAAGAGUACACCGAUAGAGUCAUACCAUUUAAAUUGACAAAUAAUAUGUAUGAAUGCCAAGUUUGUGCUUGUAAGUUCGAGACAUUUGGUGCAGUAGAGCGACAUAUGAAUGUUCAUUAUAGGAAUUACGUCUGCAGUCAAUGUGGUAUGGGAUUUGUGACUCAAAAUCGGUUGAAAGUUCACAUGUAUAACACUCAUGUACAAGGGAAGUUUCCAUGUGAUCAGUGCAAGAAAGUAUUUGUCACCAAACAAAAGUAUAAAACUCAUGUGAAUGUGAUACAUAAGAUGUUGAAACGGUUCAAGUGUAUAAAAUGUUCUGAGCGUUUCACAGAGUACUUUCACCGGCAGAAGCAUAUGGCUGAUGUCCAUGGUAUAGCUAUUAUACAAUAUAAAUGCAAUGUGUGUGACAAGUCUUUUGAAAGGCGUUAUGCGCUCUCUAGGCACAUGAAAAGAGACCAUUUAGAAGAAAGAGACCACCAUUGCUCUCUUUGCUCCUAUAAAUGCUUCACAAGCAAUGAACUGACUUUGCAUAUGGUCAAACACAGUGGGGAGAAAAAGUUUGAAUGUACCAUUUGUAAAAAAUGUUACGCUAGAAAAAAAACACUCAGAGAACAUAUGAAGAUCCACAAUAACGACCGGCGGUUCUGCUGCACAAUGUGCGGACAAGCGUUCGUACAAAAAUGUAGCCUGAAGGGCCACAUGCGGACACAUCACAUGAAAUAUAAUGUGCAAUAAAAAAUAAUAAAUGUUAAUUUUGUACUAA